AUGAUGACUUCUAAUACAACAAUCCCAGGAUUAGCAUUCUAUGAUUCUUUAGUCAAUAAUGAUAUUGUAGAGUCGAAAAGAUUAGUAGAAAUACACAAAAUUGAUUUAAAUGCCCGCCUAAGUCAUGUUCGUAAGCGAAAUCACACAGACUUAUGUCCUAUACACUUAGUAGCGUACAAAGGGAAUUUAGCAAUGCUGCAUUACUUAAUACAGAAUGGUGUAAAUGUUCAUCAACCUACGUGUACACUACAACGUCGUCCAGUGCAUUAUGCUGCUCUACGUCAACAAGUAUCUUGUCUCCAAAUGUUGCUAAAUGCUGGCGCCCAAAUUGAUGCACGUGAUACAUUUGGAAAUACUCCGUUGCAUUAUGCUGCAGAAGAUGGAGAUGGUGGACUUCUAAGUCUACUUUUAAAUAAUGGUGCCUGUGUAGAUGCUCAGGAUAUCACAAAUAAAACACCUUUAAUGAAAGCUGCACGUAGUGGUAAAGUAUGGGCAGUUCGAAGACUUUUAUUAUCUGGAGCUAAUGUGAAUGUAAAAGAUCGUAAUGAUGAAACUGCUUUACAUUUUGCUUGUCGACAAGGUUCAACAGAAAUAACUAGAAUGCUUAUUAAAGCUGAAUCACGUUUAAAUGCACAAAAUCAAAUCGGUCUAACACCUUUAAUGGAAUCAGUAUCAUAUAAUCAACGUGAAGCUGUCAGUCUAUUGAUAAAACAACGAGAUAUUGAUUUGUAUAAAAGAGAUUUUUGUACUGGUGAUACAGCUUUACAUAUUGCAGUGAAAAAGAAUUAUAUACAUAUUGUAGAAAUAUUAUUACGUGCAGGCAACUGGUACAUUGAAUAUAAUUACAAUAAUCUGGGUGAAUCAUUUGUACAUGAUGUCAUUGCCUAUAAUAGAUUAGAGUUACUACGCUUAUUCUUAGCCUACAACUAUGAUCUAGAUAGACCAGCUAAACGUCUUCCACCUAAUAUACACUUAUUAGCAUCUUCUUCAAGCAUUUUGUCUACUGUUAAAAAUCAACAGAAUUCAAUUACACCUAGAAAUACAACACAAUCAGAUACAACUUCUCGAACACACAUCACUUAUAUUAGUCCAUUUGAAAAGUCUCCAUUUCAAAUGGCUCUAGAACGUGGACAUCUUGAUAUGGCAAGAAUAUUAGCUGAUGUUGGCUGUUUUUGUACUCGACCAUCAAUAAAUUCAACUUCAAUGUCAUCAGUUUGUACAACUUCAUCACAGAAUAUAGAAUCGAAUUCAUUGAAUCAAACUCUUCGUAUACAGCAUACAAAUAUUUUAAAUCCGUUAACUAGACGGUAUAAUGGUCUACUUGAAGUUAAAUCAUUACAGAAAUGGUGCCGUAAAGUUAUUAGACAAAGACUUGGCUUUCGAUUAAUUGAAGCAUUGCCUCAUUUACCUAUUCCAGUACCAUUAAAAGAUUUUUUAUUAUUGCGUGAUUUAGAUUGGUCAGUUUAUUUAACCAAUCGAAGUUCGACAAUUAAUUCAGAUGGAUUAGCUAUUAUAUUCAAAUCACUGGUGGGCUUAUAUUUACAAUCAGUCUAG